AUGAGGAUAUUCCGCAAGGCUCUCCCAUACAUUGUUUUUCCUUCGACCUCUUUCUCGCGGCGUCCGUCCUAUCGUUCAGCACCAUUACAGAGAGUGUUCUCUACAAAUUCUGUCAAGGGUGAAGUUCAGUCAUGUUCCACGAAAUACCCUCUAAUUGAACACGAAUUCGAUGCUAUUGUCAUCGGCGCAGGAGGCGCAGGUUUGCGAGCAGCAUUCGGUUUGGCAAAAGCUGGAUUUAACACCGCCUGUAUCACCAAACUCUUCCCUACCAGAAGUCACACUGUUGCUGCCCAGGGAGGAAUCAAUGCUGCACUUGGGAAUAUGACUGAGGAUGAUUGGAGAUGGCAUAUGUAUGAUACGGUCAAAGGAUCCGACUGGCUAGGAGAUCAGGACGCUGUUCAUUAUAUGUGUCGCGAGGCACCACAGACAGUUCUUGAGCUGGAACAUUACGGCGUACCCUUUUCUCGUACAAAAGAAGGUAAAAUCUAUCAACGAGCACUCGGUGGACAGUCCUUGAAGUACGGCAAGGGGGGACAGGCCUUUCGAUGUGCUGCUGCUGCUGACCGCACUGGGCAUGCCAUUCUACACACGCUUUAUGGUCAAGCUCUUCGUCAGAAUACAAACUUCUUUAUUGAAUAUUUCGCAUUGGACCUCAUCAUGCUGGAUGGAGAAUGUGUUGGAGUCAUAGCGUUCAACAUGGAGGAUGGUACUUUCCAUAGAUUUAGAGCUCAUAAAACUGUCCUAGCGACUGGAGGCUACGGGCGUGCUUAUUUUAGCUGUACUAGUGCUCAUACCUGCUCAGGGGACGGGAAUGCUAUGGUGUCCCGUGCUGGAUUGCCGUUACAAGAUCUUGAAUUUGUACAAUUCCACCCUACUGGUAUCUACGGAGCUGGUUGUCUGAUUAGUGAAGGAUGUAGAGGAGAGGGAGGCUAUUUACUCAAUGGCGAAGGCGAGCGAUUCAUGGAACGCUAUGCCCCGACAGCUAAAGAUCUCGCCUCUCGCGAUGUUGUAUCCCGUACACAGGCUAUGACUAUCGAAAUCCGAGAAGGCCGGGGUGCCGGGCCCGAUAAGGAUCAUAUAUACCUCCAGCUCAGUCACCUCCCUCCUGAAAUCCUUAAUGAACGCCUUCCCGGUAUCUCUGAGACUGCAGCAAUCUUUUCUGGGAUUGAUGUCACAAAAGAACCCAUCCCUGUGUUACCUACGGUCCACUAUAAUAUGGGUGGUAUUCCUACAAAAUUCACAGGGGAAGUUAUCACUAUCGACAAGGAAGGCAAAGACGAGGUGGUACCAGGACUGUAUGCUGCUGGUGAGGCUGCAUGUGUCUCUGUACAUGGAGCUAAUCGCCUGGGAGCCAAUUCUCUUCUUGACAUUGUUGUAUUUGGUCGAGCAUGUGCUCGACAUAUUACGGAAACAUUGAGCCCUGGUAAACCCCACAAGGACAUUCCUCAGGAAGCAGGUUUAGAAAGUAUCAAUUUUCUGGACAAGAUCAGGACCUCUUCUGGAACUGAGUCAUCUGCCAACAUCCGUUUAGAUAUGCAAAAAGUCAUGCAAUCGGAUGCCGCUGUUUUUAGGACACAAAACUUCUUAGAAGAGGGUGUCCUGAAGAUGCAACAGAUCUACCGUCAGUUUGAACAUAUUGGCAUAAAGGAUCGCAGUAUGAUAUGGAACUCAAACCUCAUUGAAACUCUCGAGCUCAACAAUCUCUUGCAAUGUGCUAUCCAGACCAUCACUUCCGCUGCAGCUCGGCAAGAAUCUCGUGGAGCACACUCCCGUGAAGAUUAUCCCAAUCGUAAUGACGAUGAAUGGAUGAAGCAUACCUUGUCCUUCCAAAAAGAUAUUAAUAUGCUGUCUAUUGAACUCAAAUAUCGCAAGGUCAUCGAUCACACCCUGGAUGAAAAAGAGUGUCAAGCAAUUCCUCCAAUUCCGCGUAUGUAUUAA